UUCUGACUCAGUUUGAGUGUGUGUUGAGGGAAAUAUUACUUCCGUAUCUCGUUUUUGGAGGAAAAUUUCCUUUCUUUUCCAUUCCUGCCCAGAUGUGGGCAAUAUACAUUUUUUUAAGGACUGGAUGACUAUGAUAAUGGUGGGUGUGGUGAACCUUGUAGUGCCAUCACUGGUGCCACACCCACAGUUGCUCACUCUUGAGGAUGCUGCCCAAGUCCUCUCCGACCUCAUCAACUAUACUCCGCCCCAUCCGCCACCCACUCUGCCAAGCAGAGUGCGGUCUCCAGCAGAGGUGGUGAGGACUCAGCAGGGUGGAGGAGCAGAGUGUGCCUUGGUGGUUGCUUCUGUGUUGCUGGGGGCAGGUUACAGGGCCCUGGUGGUGCAAGGGGCAGCAUGGCCCUCACUUGUUGCUAGGGACACCUCCCACCUUCCCUGCCCUUAUCUUCAGCAACAGCUUAGGGAGGGUGAGAAGCAGGAAGCAGCGAUGGCUUCCAAAUACAGUGUACGUGCCCCCCCAGACCUGAGGAGUCAGUACCUGCUCAUCAUGGAGGAACGAGCCAAGCGGCGACGAACUGCCCACCUCCAACAAAAGCACGAUCACACCCAUACCUCUGCCACCCAUGAGCAAGAGUGGCAGACAGGCAGUGGUGGGGGUGAGACAUCAAGUCACCUUCACUUCUGGGUGGUGGUUCUGCCUCCCGGGCAUCAUGUGACCAAACCCACGUUUGUGGAGCCUACUACAGGGCAGGUAGUUCCCCUGGGUCCUCCGUACCUCCACAUCCACGCAGUGUUCGACCACACUAACUACUGGGCUUGCACUAAGUAUGACCAACCCAUCUCCUCAGACAUGUUUGAUUUAUCAGACCGAAAUGUAUGGAUGGCACUCAUAGAAGAUGGUGAAAGUGACUCUCAUCCACCACAUCAACUAUCACCUUCCUCCCCGCACCAUGAAGUAGGCAGCGACCCACUGCAACCAUCAUCUGCCCACCAGUCAUUAUCACCAGCUGCCCACCAUUACCCACCCCCAGCACAAUCUUGUGAGGGGCCGGUGCCCUCAGGUCAGGGCACCACCUCACUUGCAGUAACUCAAGCUCAUAGGGACACCAAGAAGACCCUCAAGGUGCCAAGGAUGUAUAUGCCCAUUACCAUCACCGAAGAAAUGCUGGAGGAGAGGUUUCCAGGUGGGUGGCAGGAAGAGGUUUACUGUGGGGUGGUAGUGCGACGCUACUCUGCCUUUUCCCACCCCCGGGGUGCCACCCUCAUCCUCACCCUCUGCUCCAACACUGCAGGGUCAUCUCAGGAGGUACAGGAGAAAUUUGAGCAACGUGGCGAUGGUCUGUUGAGCCGCAUGACCAGUCUCCUCCAGGGGGCCGUCCACGAAACCUUUGCCAACACUAGAAAGGACACACUCAAGCGUCACAAGUACUGGCGGGCUCCUGGUCUUCUAAUGGCUCGGUCUGGGUCUGAUGGUAUGAAUAAUCCAGCACAGGCAGGCCAAGGUGAUGAUCGUAACCAGUCACCUCAAGACGAGGUCUUCGAGUUCCACUCAAAGUUCAGAGUGGACGCUCUCAGGACUCGAGUAAUUGGCAAAACAGUUUGGAGGGAGGAAUUUGAUGACCGUCCAGAUCUUCUCAUGGCCCGGACCAUCACCUUCAGUAAUGCUGACCCUAGUCCACCCAGACCCAUUCAGAUUAUUGAAGAGGAGUUUGGGUGUCCAGAUGGGGAGGAGCCUCACAAGGCAGUGCAGCGGCGAGUGUUCGAAAUAAGCGAAGGCAAGAUCCUGCUGGUGUACCACUACGGUCACCACCGCCUCCUGCAGCCCACCAGGUCCUUCCUCAAGCCCCAGAGUGGCAGGCCCACAGAUCUCACAUCAGAGAUGACCCAGGGAUUCCAGCCUGACCCAAGCGUGGAGGAACCAGGUAUGCCCGAGCUAUGGGAAGUGUUGGAGUCGGAGAUGGAGGCAGAGGUGCAGGUGCAGGAGGAGGUGCGAAGGGCAGUGGAGGAGACAGCAGCCAUCAGAGAGGCCAGGACUGCAGAGGAGCACCACAUAGUCCUCCUUCCACACAUCUUUGACAUCCGCAGGAAUGAAACAGUCCAGUACAUAUUAAAACAGCGGCAGUACGAGGAGGCUCACCGGGAGGAGAUGCAGAGGAAACGUCAGGAGGAGCGGGAGGGUCGUGUUGACACCAUUGCUCCCUACCUACCCCUUUUAUUGGGUGACAGUGAGGGUGACAGAGGAGAAAUUGUAAGAGAAAGAUGCCUUCAAGACCUACGUGAGCGCCUCGCCCUCAGAGCCAACCUUCUUCAGGAUAGACUUGACCAGGCCCGAGCAUUGGUGUUGGAGUGUCGUGAAGAGGGAAGCCGCCGUAAGCGUCUCACCGCUGAAGAACGUGCAGCCCUCUCUGCCCGCACCACAGCAGCCGAGGCCGCACACCGUCGCCUGCGGGCCCAGCUGGCUGCCUGGAGGCACGAAGCCUCAGAAAGAUAUGAGACACUGGCAGGCAAGCUGGAGAGUAAUCUCUGGCUAACACAAAAGCCGGCCCUCCCUCCUAACAGCACCCUCCAGUAAUAAAAGCCAUUAGUGCCUUUCAUAAUAGACCAAGAUAAACAUGUACAGUACUAUAUAAAUAUAGAAAUAAAGCAGCACUAAACCUUGAUAUUUCAGAGAUUUACAAUAAUAAUGUCUAAGUUUAACUGGGGAAGGAGAGAUAGGGAAAUAGAAGACAUUAAAAAUAAAUAAAACUUUUUCAAAAAUAAUGUAUAUUUCUGUCCUUCACACAAGAAAAUACUAAAUAGGAUACAGCUAAUAAAGAAAUUACAUUAAAUUAUAAAUGAAUGAAUUGUUUUUUAAUUUAUAAAUUUAAUGUUACAACAUCUAACACUGCAUGACCCAUUCUGGUUUAAUGCUUCACAUAAAUCAUUAGUUUGUCUGAAGUGCACCACAUGUAAGUGGCUUUCUUUUGUGCCUAACAAUGUUUUAUUAUAUCUAAACUACAUUACGUGUAUACUGCAGAAAAGAAAGUAUUUGUAUUUGUAUUUAAAUAAGUAAUAAUGAGACCUGCAUCUAAGGCAUGAAAGGAAUUUUUUUUUUCAACCCACCGGGCAUCUCCCACUGAGCCAGGGUGACUUAAAAAGAAAAACAAAAGUUUUUCUUUUAACAUAUAGUAGUACAGCCUCUCCUCACUUAGCGAUGGAGUUCCAUUCCUAAGACCUGCUGUAUAGCCCUUGUGGCUUAGCGCUUUUUGAUUAUAAUAAUAAUUCCUAAGACCACGUUGGUAAACUAAUUCUUCACUAAGUGAGGAGCAUACUAGAAUGGUUAUGAGUUUGUGUCAACCAUCUUUGAUAUUGUUUUAAUAUUACCUUUGCACCAUUUAUAACAUUUCUGGUAUAUUUUUAAAUGUUUAUACAGUAGUGUACUAUAUAUUGAAAUAAACAGAAUAGAAGAAAUAUACAUUAUUUAGGUAUGAAUACUGAUCAGAGCCCAUUGUAAGUCCAAGGCGUCGGUAAACGAGUACGUCGCUAAGUGAGGAGAGGCUGUAUAUACAGGAGAAGGGGUUACUAGCCCCUUGCUUCCAGUAUUUUAAAUCACCUCUUAUGACACACAUGGUUUACAGGAGAAGGAUUCUUUUCCAGUGACAAGUAUACCAUCAUUAAUUUAUAUUUUGCUAAAAUCUGGCUGAAAAUUUUCAUUCUAAUUAUCAGAAUAUGUGU